GGAACCCCCGGCCCAUGGCCUUCAUCAUGAUGAAGAAGAAGAAGUUCAAGUUCCGCGUGGAGCUAGAACUGGACGAGCUCUCCUCCGUGCCCUUCGUCAACGGCAUCCUCUUCUGCAAGGUGCGGCUGCUGGACGGGGGCAGCUUCAGCGGGGAGUCCUCCCGAGAGGUAGUACAGGCAAACUGCGUCCGUUGGAAGAAGAAGUUCUUAUUUAUGUGUAAAAUCCGUGCCAGCGCCACAACAGGGAUUCUGGAUGCUUGCAUUUGCAGAGUGUCUGUACGGAAGGAGUUAAAAGGAGGAAGGGCAUACGCAAAGCUGGGAUUCGCAGAUCUAAAUCUAGCAGAAUUUGCUGGAUCGGGAAAUACCACUCGCCGCUGUUUACUGGAAGGUUAUGAUACCAAAAAUACAAGACAGGAUAACUCCAUUCUCAAAGUGUUGAUCAACAUGCAGCUCAUGUCUGGAGACCCAUGCUUUAAAACGCCUCCUUCCACAGCAAUGUCUAUAGCAAUUGCUGGAGAAUCAGAAUCUUUGCAUGAAGACAGAAGAGGUGGAAAAAACUUAAAAGUAGUAAAUCUGGGCACAGCAGAUAAGUCAUCAAAGAGUGCCUCGGUUCCAGAUGAACUUGGUGCAUGUGGACAUUCCAGAACAUCGAGCUAUGCAAGUCAGCAGUCAAAACUGUCAGGAUACAGUACGUGUCACUCAAGAUCAGCCAGUCUGUCUGAACUCUGCCACAGGAGAAACACCUCAGUGGGUAGUUCCUCAACAGGAAUUGGAAGUAUUCUAGAACCACGUGAAGAGACUGAGACAAGAGUAACUGAAGCUGGCAUUGAUGCACCUGUUAAAGAUGCACCAUCAGAAAAACUCUGCAGACAUCCUGUCAAGCAAGACUCUGUGGAGUCACAGCUGAAGAGGGUCGAUGCUACCAGAGUUGAUGCUGAUGAUAUAGUUGAAACAAUACUCCAGAGUCAAGAUUUCAGUUUAGACUCAAGUGCGGAAGAAGAAGGUUUAAGAUUAUUUGUGGGUCCUGGUGGAAGCACUUCUUUUGGGAGCCAUCAUCUACCUAACAGAGCAGGAUCUGGAGCAUAUGAGCAGGUGGUGAUAAAACGCUGAACUAGAAUGACUACCGUGGAAAACCUGAAGCUCUGCUGUUGUUACUCCUGGUUUUGUUUGCUGUGUUUCAAGAGUUGGGAAAGUCAACAGAAACUCCCCGAUCUUUUUUUUUGAGAAGUAAUGGAAUGUCUCUUGGUCACAGAGCUUCAUCUGUGGUAUUAAGGCAAUGUUUAGCUAUGUACACCUUGUGUGAGCACUUAAACUGUUUUUGUCAGCUCUACCUGAUUUUAGUGGAAACACUCGUGUUUGGUGUAAAACUUAGUUGGAAGCGUGAUGAAGUGAGUCCUAUUUCAGUAUUUUAUAUAGGAGAUCACUUCUGAUACACUGUAUUCAUAACUUCUUUUCUAAAGCUUCUGAAGCUGGUCUUAAAUGAACCUGAAGAAAUCACUCAGUUUGAUCCUGCCUGCCAUUUUAAUCUUACAAAAGCUAAUUACUUUUAUCAAGUCAAAAUUAUUAUCCAGCCAAAAUUAAGGCUUCCACAAAACAGCCCAGCUACGUUUUAACACAACCAAAGCCUUUUCUUAAAGGGUACUGAGCAUAACUUCAUUAUAUGGUUGAACAGUAGAGAACUUCACAUGUAUUUAAAAAAACCCAACACUAAAUGGAUCUAAACCAGACAGAAGUCAGUUGUUAAACAUAAAUCAAGUCUAGAGGCUUAAAUACAUCAAAUACAACAAAAAAGUGGAAUCCCACAUCAAAAUACUAAGGCAGAGUGAUGUAUUGUCAAGAAAGCUGACCCAAUUGUUAAAUCUGGAGUUGAAAAGCUGCUUCCACAGAAACUCACUUCAAUAAUGCAUUAACCUUGAGAUCCAAUGGGAUGGUACUGUUUACAGACCUAGUCAGUAGUUUAC